AUGGAUCCCCUUGACUACAACCUUCUACGUGGGUAUCGAGUGAUCAGAAUUACUCAUCCGGAUACCAAGAUCGAGACCGCGGACGGAUCCAAGGACGGACUCAAGGCCUCUCUUCCAUAUGCCAGCAUGGAGAAGGAUGAACCGUUGGUCACAUACAUCACUCGUGUCGGAGAUGAAGGCUUGGUCAAGAUCGGGCUCAAGAAGGAAGUGUCUGACGCACUUUUCCAAGCGCAGCUGUCUGCCAUCAAGUUCCUCUGA